GGUGACGAGGAAGUCUUCGUAAAUGUCCUUAGCCAAGUUGCGGACAAGUUCAUCAGGUAACUAGUGUGAUAACGAAACUUAUCUCUUUCACUUCCGGCAUUACUCUCCGCUUAACAAUUGUUGUGAAUGAUUCAGUAUUUAUGGGACUGUUGUGGUAUCAUUUUGUCUUUACUGGAAAUGAACGCGAUUAUGAUAAAGAGCAAGUGCUACUGAGAAAAUUGAUAUUGGGAGUGUGUUUCACAGCCGUAAGAUGUAUGCCCGAGAUCACAUCGACCUUAACUAGAUCAGUGACCAGUAGUUAGCAGUGAAAACAUAGGGUUUUGCUCCAGUUUUUAGUUCUCGAGUAUUGUAGUCUAAUUAUCUUCAUUACUAUAUAUAUUACAAAUGUUAAUUUCAUCCGAUAGACCUUUCUUUUUACCGAUACGGCGGCCAUAUUGAAGUUAUUUGAUCUAAGGAGUAUUAUGGGAUGCCCAGGGGGCACUCGCUAAGCGCGCAGAGAACUUCACUGUUUAUUUCUAGGGAAAAAGGCAAUCGCUAUUACAUCCAAACACGGCACAACGAUCUUUUUUCACAAUACAAUCUUUUUGUAGGAAAACUUGAAGAAAAAAACUGGCUCGAAAAGCGCGCGUAAAUACUAAGCGAGUAUAUCGGAUUGUGAUCAUACCGCCUGGGCAUCCCAUAAUUCCCCUUAAUUCUAAGUAAUUCAAUAUGGCCGCCGUAUCAGCAAAAAGGUCUAUUAGCAGGAAAAUGUGCAAAAAGUAUUAAAAAUCUCAUGCGUAGGCAUUUAAAUGGCUACACAUGAGAUUUUGGAAAACUGGUCCAAAAUGCAAAGGUUGGUAAAAAAUACAGUUUUUGCGCCACUACAUAUGAAAUCCUUUUUUCCAAGUUUCAUGUCUAAUGGUUUGUUGUAUGACUUGCAAUUUCACAUCACAAAAAACGCAUUCAGGUUUUUGUAAAAUUUCACAUCACUAGCGAGAAGGAUUAGUUGAAGCUUUUCUUGUAGCCCCUGCUCGGCUUUAACAUAUUUGCCUUCCUUUUCAGGGUAACGCAUUCAGUGACUGUUUGCUGGUUGUAUACUGUAUUUGUUCUAUCUUGAACCUUUCUUUUUUUGCCCUGAUGAUGUCACUCCGCUUAGCAUCAAUCACCAUGAUAUCGCCUUUUUUGAGUAGUGGGGUUCACUUGUCGGUACGGCAAGACAAAGCGGAACUUCCCACACAGCGAGUCACUGAUGAUGCUUAAUAAGUUGCCUUAUAUCAUGAUAAUGAUGCAUUACCAACCACAUAGCAUCUAUUGUUCAAGUUAAUUCUACGUGAUUUAGUUUGUAAUGUUUUCUUUGCUUUCACAGCACGUUCACAGUGUCUCAAUUAAAAUCUGAACUCGCCAAGCAGCUGUCCCACUUGGAAAGGAAAGUAGAAGGUAUAUGUAUUAUGAUGAUUGGAAUGAUCAGAAAAAAGAAAUAAAUUACUGUGUGACUCUGACUACAGAUCGGAGAACAACUUACGCAGUCAACAGAGAAUCCCAUGGUACACAGACAGUGCUUUUAUACUAAUAAUCUUGGACAAAAAUGUUAAAACGUUGCCUUGUCGUGAUCUCAUGAUAAAGUUCUCGAAAGCACUAGUGAUUACCAAAAGAAGAUAAAGGGGCUUAUCCUCCCUUGUGAUUACAAAUAUUUAUUCCCUCCCACCCCCAAAAAACAAUGUUAACAUUCGGCGGGAUCAUUAUUGUUCCGGACUGAACAACGUUGAUCAGGUUGGGGUGGGGGGACUGGGAUCAUGCAAGUUCGUGGGAUGGGCUUCCUGUGGGCUAAAGAAUGCGCAAAAUUUUUUUUGACGAUUGUGCCAUGCAACGCUUUGUUUCCGUAUGUUGUUAUAAUCAAGACAAAAAUAUAAGUUAAAGCAUCAGGAAAUUUUGCCUCUAUUAGUACAAUUAAGAGUUUCCGAAAGCCAACACCAUUUAGGGAACACUAUUUUACUUUCUAUAACAAAUCACAGUUAAGUUAAUUGCAGGCCGUUAGUUAUAGUCAUGUCUGAAUUGUAGGUUUCACUUUUAUUUUAUCUGUGACCCCACCAGGAGAAGCUUCUAGUUGUUCUUUCAUAGUGCGUAAAGUAUAGGCUAUUGAUUGAUUGAUUAAAUUGGAAUUAAUAAUCUGUGAAGACUGGGGCAUUUUGAUUAGCCUGCGAGCAAGCUCUCCUAUUUGGGCGUGCGAACCGUGCCGCGUGAGAACACGCGAGCGUCCCCCGCCUUCGCGUCUCCUCUCGCGUGCCUCUCGCGCGUCCACUUUUCAGGAUAUCCCCCAAAUAGAGAGCUUGCUCGCAGGCUACAAUUUGAUGAGUCAGACUUUCGUCAUAAAGUUUACUGGCGAAUUUGAAAAUACAGUCUUUUUUAACAAUAUAUUUUCUAAGAAUAUUAAGGCCGAAUUUUCAACGAAAAUUUUAAGCCUAUUUUAAGAAUAAUUGCAAGGCUGAGAAUUUGAAAAGGAAAUAUUUUUUGUGUUAAAAAACUGCAAAUACAAUACAAUUACUGUACGUUUUUAACUUAACCGUAUGAAAUUAUUCCUUUCUCUAAAAGGCAAAACUAGCCACCAAAACGAAAAAACCUUAACUAAGUGUAAUUGAUACCCCAAUACAUUAGAAAACACUAAAAAAUUUCAUAAACUAUAUUUUAAGAAUAAUACGAGAAUAGUUCGAGCCUAAAAUCGGCAGAAAAAAAUAAGAAUGCUCGGCUUGGGCAGGAACAAACAACGCUCUUGUAAAAAGAACAGAGUAUAAAUACACGGGUUGUCAGUCUUCAGGUAGAUACCAGUUAAGCCUUCUUUUGACCCAGUGUUCCGGAUGAUUAACUGCGUAACGAUUUUUUUGCUUCCAGUUGAGGCACUCAAAGCUAUAGAAAUGCAGCACUUGAGCGCCGAGAUCACUGAGAUACGGGAACAAAUCCGCCAAGACAGGUAAUCAAUCAUGUGAUUAUCUUGGGAACAGGGUAUGGAAGGGAGGGAGAGGGGAGGGGGCUCUGAUCCCCCCUUCCAGUCCCUAUUGCACGACAAUGCCGCAUCCUGAACUUCAUUCGUCUCUACCACCUCGAAUAUCGUUUUUUCCUUUCUAAGUUUGGCGAAUCCCACUUCCUGACUGAGCGCUCAAAUCCUGUAUCCCCUCAAGACAUUUUGAGUAUUCCCGAAUCACACACUGUAUUUUGGUCAUAUGCCCAUCCCUGAUCAAGAGAAUGCCCUUCUAGACCGAGUGGGAAGUUAGACUUUUCUAUAAAACGCUCACGGAAUUUUCAGUUUUAAAUAGUUUUUUAACCGACUCCAAGAGUGAUUUUCAAAUUUAAUUUUCAGAAUAAUCCCUUCCUGGGUUGUCUUAGUACCUCUGCAUUAUCAGUUCCAAACCUGGAGUUGAAAUAACUCUUACUUACAGUGCUCAGAAAAAGAAACUUCCUUUUUGGAUUUAAACUCCGAGAAAUUAGCUCCAACGUAAGGGAUUACAUUAGUUUAGUUGCGUCUUAAGAUGGCAAUCUGCUCCUUAAGAGAAUGCGAUAGACCUUUUUGUUAUUUUUCUCUAAAAAAUCACCUGAAUUAAAUCAAAAUUAUUGUCUUUGAAAAAAAAGCGAACUAUGUUUAUGCUGUAAUGUCUUUCGAUUGAUAUGGAAAACUGACUUUAAUAUAUAUGCUUUUUAAUUUUGAGUUUCAAAAACCUUCAGUCUUGAAUAACACCCAGUGGAAACAUUUUAUGUCAUUGCAAAAAUCACUCGUAUUUGCUUGAGAGUAAAAAAUCAUUUUCCUGGCACUUGCUGUUAUUUCUAAGAAUUCAAAGGCUUGUGGCAACUUGGAAAUACAAUUUCAUCGAUCUGUGAUGAUAUUGAAAACUGCAUUGCUCAAUAGCUGACCUUUCUUCAUUUAGAAUCACGUGGCAAGCUAUACAAGAUAACGUUACUAACAAGGGUAACAAAGGACGAAAACUCAGCAUAUCAAGGCCUAUGCCAAAUUUCGUCAAGGUAGGUAGAUGAUGUGUUAUUAGAUCACUGAACUAGAUUGACAACUUUUUCACAAAUACAGAGUGCCUACCUUACAGCUACGCGGGCAAUGAGAAAAAACCAGUUUAAAGUCUCGCUCGCUUUGAUGUUAUCCCAUCCAAGAUAAUCUGGCGAUGCUCAGUUUUUAAUUUUCUUUAUUACUAUUUUUUGCAGUACACACUUUCUCAGACCACUGUUGAACAGCUCAAGGAACCCAUUUUCAAUAUCUGGCACUGGGAGCCGAAUGAGGUAUCAUGCCGCAUGUAUAUAUAGUCAAUGCAAGUUGAUCAUGAGAUACCCAUAAACCCAUAGAUAAACACGAGACUCAACUCGCUCAAGUAAAUUAUUUAAUAUAGCAAUGAACAUAUCUAGAAUACGUCUGACUACUUACUAAAAAAGUUGUUGUAAAACGGGAAAAUUGUUUUACAACCUUACUACGGAAUAUGCUAAAAGCGAUGUUGUGCGUUUUACCACCCAUGUUCAAAUCUAUGUUGCAAGUUGCUGAGUUUUGAUUUGAAUACAGUUGACGCGGGAGUCAACUCCUUAUUGCCUGGGGGAGGGGGGGGGGUGGGGGGAGGGUUUGGGGCUAAUCAAGGUGAAAAUUAGCCGAUUUUCCCUUUGAAUGUUAGUUCACUGAAGUGAUCCCCCCUAAUAACAUUUGACGACUUUCGCGCCCCCCCCCCCAUAUCUUCAUUUUCCAAGCAAAUUUGAGUGGCCUCCCCUUUGAAUCCUUCCAAAGUUUUCAGUGAUCCUCCCUUUUGGGUCCUCAGUUACGACUGAUUCCCGCCAAAAUCCUAAUGACCGGUGCCUUAGUCACUUGCUGCCAAGUUUACCUUAGCCGGUAAAACGCGAACAUCGCUUUUCAACUCGUUUCGCAGCAAUGUUGCAAAACAAGUUGUACGUUUUUGUUGCCCUUUUUACAGUACAUUAAUGCGUUAUUGCCGGGCAGUGUUGCAAUUUAUUUUUCGUGGAAUCUUAUUUCAUCCGUCAUACGUCCUGCUGAAUUAAUUCAUUAAAUUUAGGUUAAACCGAGCUGAGGUAGAAGAUUGCUUUUUGUGUUUCAUUUAGCGACACCUUCGUUAAAAUUUGCAGAUUUUGUCAUUGUUGGAGCACAUGUACAGUGACCUGGGGCUGAUUGAAGACUUUGAAAUUAACCAAGUUGUCUUAAGAAGGUUUCUGGUAAGCGAAAUCACACCUCAAAAAAUUAGUCCUAUAAGGCAACUAUCGACGUUCAUGACUCGGUGGAAACACUUUUCAGUUUCCUUGAGUUUAAACGAGUGAGUUUUGAUUUUUUUCCAUUUUUCUUCUUCGUCUUGGUUAGGCCCAUUUGAUACUACAGUUGGGACAGUUAGUUGGGACACUCUCUUGGUGACUCUGUGUUGUGCGCCCAGUGUGUCGUAAUAGUUUAUCAUUAAAGCUUAGAUAAUUGAAUGACUAAGACUUAAAAACAGAUUAUCCAUAAAAAUGUAUUUAUCCUCUCCUCUUAAGGGCUUUUUCAGAGACAAUGAAACAAAUAAUUCAAAUCAAACAUAACAGAGUUAAGAAUCCUAGCUGGCCACAGGCAUCCAGUUGGCUAUUUACAAGCCUAAAAAACCAGUUUGCCUGUAAACUGUAGUCCUUUUAGCGACGAAAGCCCUUAGGAGUUCUUAAGAAAUCGUUGAACCCUAUUCAGACCAGACUGGGCGAAUUUCGUUUUGUUUACCGUAUUUUUUACAUUCUUGUUUUAUUUCCAGGUGUCUAUUCAACAAAAUUACAGAAACAAUCCAUUUCAUAACUUCCGCCAUUGCUUCUGUGUUACUCAGAUGGUAAGAGUGAAGAAAAAUUGCAACGCCCUGGUGUUAACUUCCUUUCAUAUUUUCCUGUCCAAUAAUCACUACAUGUAUGAACAUCAGGAAUAUGAGUAUGAAUACGCAAUAUAAUUCUAUCUGACCGGCUGUAAAAUUGGUGCGUCUGCUACUAUCAGAGCUUCCUCGCAUACAAGAUAAGCUAGGACAAAAACUUCUAUCACUAAUUAUGAGCAUGUUUUUCCUAAAAACUGAACUAUUAUUCGUCUGGUUGGUAGUAUCGUAGAAGUAUUUUGUUGUGGGAUAAAAACUUAUCAGCAACUGUACGAGGUUACUAUAUUGCCCAAAGAAAAGUCGAAGACUCGAUCAAACGAGGUUGGAAUGCAUGUGUAAUCAAACAAAAGGUGUAGAAGAAGCCAUGACUGUGUGUUUCUCUUAUCGUUUUAGAUGUACUGCAUUAUCCAUCUUUGCAACCUAAGAGACGUUCUUUCUAAGAUUGAUCUCCUCGUUUUGAUGACAGCCUGUAUUUGCCACGAUCUUGAUCAUCCAGGAUUUAACAACACGUGAGUUUAUGCAAUAGUCAGUAUAGGCAGUUAGCCAUAACUGCAAAACGGUCAAAACCAUUUCACUCGAAGAACCGAUUUUUCAGACCUGUAACGACUGGCUCUCAAUAAUCUUAAAAACACUUAAAAUUCAAAAGUCGUUAGAUUAAAUACUUAAGGGUAGCGAAACCUCAUUGGAAGUUACAGUAAUUUUUAAAUGGCGUGCAUCAUUUUUCUUGACUUUUGAGUUUUUUCAAUCAACUCUUUAAACAGUCGAACCUCCCGUAAGCGACCACCCAAAGAUCGAAGCGGAUUUAGUGGUCGCUUAGAAGAAUCACACCUUGCAGGUCCCUUCCGAGAAGAAGUCCCGUCACAUCUACCUUAAUUUUGGCAAAGAAUGUGUUGCAUGCAAUUUCCAAGUUACCUAUACGUGUUCCAUGCAUGAUGUCAUUGAAAAUUCUUUGUAUACUCUGAGUAGUGUAAUACAUGUACAUACAGCGAAAACAAGAGACCACACUAUGCGUCAAGUGAUCACUUAAGAGGUUAAAAACAAUUGAAAACUGUAAAAUCGUCAGAGGCCAAAAUUUGGUCGCAGUCGCCGCUUACUAGAGGAGGUUUCACAUGAAGGUUGGACUGUAGAAUCAGGCUAGGGACCCUAAGAUGCCACGACGGCGACGACAACGAGAACGUCAAUAAAGGAACAGGUUGAAUAUUUAGCAAAACAACAACGCUGCACCUGCAUCACGCUUUUUUUUGUACUUUUUUUUGCCUUUACUGCACGACUAAAACGGGAAAAUGCCUAAUUUCGCGUUUUAAGGUAAUGAUACUAGGGAUCCGGACUAUUCGCAACGACGAUUAUUAGCGCAACACACACAGCGUUGGAACAACGUGUAACCAUUCGAAACAAUGUCGCAGCAAUAUUGCCAUGCUGCAUUGUGCUAAAAAUCGAUUUGAUGGUUUGUGUUUGUACACUUUAGUUAUAACGUUAUCCAUAACCUUGUGUCCAUAGUUACCAGAUCAAUGCGCAGACAGAACUUGCAAUUCGCUACAAUGACAUUUCGCCUCUGGAGAAUCACCACGCUGCAGUGGCCUUUGAGAUUCUAUCUCAGGUAUGACCAAGAAUAGCUCUCGUUCUCACUUCUAACUCGUGAAGUGAAUGACGUUUUACAUGUUCAGUUAUGUACAAAUAGAUCUCAUGGUUUGCGCCCACUUAUUAUAGGUCAGCAGAAGAUUGCAUGCAAAUAUAAUGGGCAGAUGUUAAAGCACGGGUUCGCCGUAGAAUGAAUGAACCAGGGCAUAUAACUCACUAGCUCUGACUAAUGCAAUUAUGUUCAUUUUGCAUUUUUGUUUUGAAAUUACUCAUAAUUUUGAAUGACGAGGCUAGGUGAAUGAUGACAAUUACUAGCAUUUUCAAAAAAAGUGUGCGUAAAACAAAGUGAAACGUAAACUUUGGUCAUCAGAUUGAAUCAGUGUGUGACACAUUAUAUAUGGAAUGUCUCGUUCUAUUUCCUUGCACUCCAGACUAAGAAGGCGGGGGAGGGGGAGAAGGCGGGCUGUGGGUAGGAGAUUUUCGCGGAAGCUUGGCGCAAAAUGGAGUAAAUACUGCACCAAAUGUCCAUAAUUGUAAUGUAUGAUCAUUCUUUAACUUUUCAGCCUGAAAGCAAUAUAUUCGCCAACUUGGGAAAAGAAGAUCAAAAGAAGGUUCGCCAGGUGUGUACUCAGGGUUCAACUUUGAAAUAUAUCUCCCGAUGUUAGCUCGUUAGCUCGUUUUCCAAGAAAACGGUUGUGAAGAGUUUGCGUAGUAGAUAACAUGUAUUUGCAGUUGAUUUGCAUAAGACGUCCACGGUCCUACCAGGCAAAAUUUAGGCGCAGUUCAUGGGCCUCGUUACCCGUCCUCUGUCCUAGCUAGUUUGACCAUUUCUGUAUGAUGCUAAAAAAAUGAUUUUGCAUCCUUUGGAUUCGGCAGUGUAGUUUGGUUAUAGGCAAGCAAACUAAACUUAAAAGUGGAGGCGGCUUAUAUAAGCCGACGCUGGAUUAGCAGGUAGUUCAUAUGGCGAUUCCCUACUGACACCGAACCUAAUAGACUAAAAACAUAAUACUUUAAUAAAAUUCUCAUUUAAUUAAGGCUUCUAUAUAAUGGACAGUUUGAAUCGACUUGCACGGUGGUUGAAUCAAUCGCCGAUCGAAAGUCAGUUCAAAGUUGAACCUUAUCGUGCAUGCGGAUUUGGUUCGACAUAUAAAUCGUGCGGUGUCCUGUGAGCACUUAAGAUUACACGUAAUCUCGUACCCAGAUCUCACUCUGUCUUACGCUGUAAAGGGAGAUCUCCCUUUCCUUUGGCCGCCGGAGGUCUGGGUAUGAGAUUAGAUGACACGAGGUGGAGGCUUUGGUGAACAAUUCCAAAUCGCCCCACGUAAGGUAAUCCAAGACAGUCUUGGAUUCUGGAUACAACGCUAUGGCUUCCGGAUUCCAGCUACUGUAUUCAGAAUUCCUUGUCUGUGGAACAAAUUGGAUUCCAGAUACCGAUCGUUUUCGGCAUUCCGGAGUCGUUAAGCUGUAUUCUGGAUUCCACAAGAAAAUAUUUCCACAUNAUGGGCCUCGUUACCCGUCCUCUGUCCUAGCUAGUUUGACCAUUUCUGUAUGAUGCUAAAAAAAUGAUUUUGCAUCCUUUGGAUUCGGCAGUGUAGUUUGGUUAUAGGCAAGCAAACUAAACUUAAAAGUGGAGGCGGCUUAUAUAAGCCGACGCUGGAUUAGCAGGUAGUUCAUAUGGCGAUUCCCUACUGACACCGAACCUAAUAGACUAAAAACAUAAUACUUUAAUAAAAUUCUCAUUUAAUUAAGGCUUCUAUAUAAUGGACAGUUUGAAUCGACUUGCACGGUGGUUGAAUCAAUCGCCGAUCGAAAGUCAGUUCAAAGUUGAACCUUAUCGUGCAUGCGGAUUUGGUUCGACAUAUAAAUCGUGCGGUGUCCUGUGAGCACUUAAGAUUACACGUAAUCUCGUACCCAGAUCUCACUCUGUCUUACGCUGUAAAGGGAGAUCUCCCUUUCCUUUGGCCGCCGGAGGUCUGGGUAUGAGAUUAGAUGACACGAGGUGGAGGCUUUGGUGAACAAUUCCAAAUCGCCCCACGUAAGGUAAUCCAAGACAGUCUUGGAUUCUGGAUACAACGCUAUGGCUUCCGGAUUCCAGCUACUGUAUUCAGAAUUCCUUGUCUGUGGAACAAAUUGGAUUCCAGAUACCGAUCGUUUUCGGCAUUCCGGAGUCGUUAAGCUGUAUUCUGGAUUCCACAAGAAAAUAUUUCCACAUUCCAGAAUCCGUAUUACCUUAAAUGGGGCAAUUCUUAGAAAUCACUGUAAUGAGGGUACGGUCUGUUUAUUGACAUGAAAGUUUGAAUUAAAAAACAACAACGGCUGACUACAAAAUGCAAGUUAAGAGUCUUACACAUAAGUCCAAGUGUUAUUCUAAAUUUGUAGGAAAUUGUGACGCUGAUCUUAGCAACAGACAUGGCACGGCACAGUGAGAUAGUUGAACGUUUUAAAAGCAAGUUGGACACAUUCGAUUUUAGCAACGCUGAUUACGUUGGAUCGGUAAGUAGAAAGUUAAAUAUAAAAUUGAGAGAGUGAUACAAUAGAUAGAAAGCGGAAAGCGUGGCUGCAUACCCCUUAAAAAGGAAGGGGUGGUGUACGUUCUCUUACGUUAAGCGCUAUGGGUUCUCCUGUUACAGAAUGUUUUUGAUAGCUCGCCUGCCACCCAAAGGGUGUUAUGGGCUGAGCUGAACCGUGAAUACGCGCUUUGAGGGCUUUUAUUAUUGAUACCUGAGCAAGCCGGUCGUUUGCGGGAUUCCAGAUUUCUUGAGCUGAUUCGGGAUUCCAAAGCCCAGGACUCCGGGUUCCACAAGCAAAAUUCCACCGUUCCGGAAUCCUGAUAACCUAUCAUGGUGCGCCGAAUUUUGAAGUAUUCUUAUGACACAGUCUGAAUGACACUCUUCACAAUUUUAAAUUUAAAUCUACCUUUCAGCUCAAGAAGAUUCUUAUCAAGUGUUGUGACAUUUCAAAUGAAGUGCGUCCCAUAGACGUCUCAGAGCCCUGGGCCGACUGUCUUCUCGAAGAGUACUUUAUGCAGGUUUGAACAAAUGAAAGGAAUUUUUUCUGGUUCUUUGUCAAAUGCUUAUGCAGUAUAAGGUGAUUAUACUGACCUGGGAGAGUCGCCUUUAUCAUCCUUUUUCUUCAUCAGUAGUUCAUAUGACUAUACAAGUUUUGUCCACGUUGAUAACAUUUAUUUAAAUUACCAUGUUGACGUAGUUGACGUAAUAUUGCGCUAAAAUUGCAGAGUGACCGAGAGAAAUCAGAGGGUCUCCCUGUUGCACCUUUUAUGGACCGUGAUAAAGUUAGUAAGCCUACCGCCCAGAUUGGCUUCAUCAAGUUUGUACUGAUACCCUUGUUUGAGCUUCUGAAUAAGGUGCGUAUCAAAUAG